UUUUUUUUCUUAAAAAAUAAAGGAUAUAUUUAGAUCUUUUUUUAAAUUUAAAAUAAAAUGGCAAAAGAAUUACUAACAAAUACAGCAAUAAAUAUUUUAAAUUUAUUAGUUUUGCCUGAUAGCGCAAAUGGAUCUUCCUCCUCUCCUUCUCCUUCCUCCUUUACUUAUUUAAAUUCUUCUUCUUUAAUUAAUUUAAAUAAUAAUAUUUCUUUUCCAAAAUUACAACAUUUAUUAUUUAACAAUUCUUUUUUCCCUUUAAUUUUAAAUAAUAAAAGCCAACAAAUAAUGAAUGAAACAAUAUUUUCUUUUGAAGAAGAAGAUUAUUCUUCUUUAACUACAAAUAUUUUAGAAGAUAUUGAAGAUAAACAGCAACAACAACAAUUAUUUUUUGAAAAUAAUUUUCAAUUAGAAAAAAAUGUAGGUUGCGAGGGAUUUGGGGAAAAAAAUUUUUAG